AUGCCUUCAAAAUCCACAAGUAGUUCAUCAUCAGAGCGAAGAUGGAUCUACGAUGUGUUCUUGAGUUUCAGAGGAACCGACACUCGCACUAUCUUCAUUUCUCAUCUCUACAACUCCCUCACAAACGCAGGAAUCUACGUUUUCAAGGACAACGAGGAGCUUCGCAAAGGAGGCCAGGUUUCAUCGUUACUCAUGCAAGCAAUCCAAGUUUCUAGAAUCUCCAUCAUUGUUUUCUCGAAGAACUACGCGAACUCCAAGAGUUGUCUGAAAGAGCUGCAGAGAAUCAUGGAUUGUCGAAGAAGCAUAGGCCAAGUUGUUGUUCCUGUUUUCUACAACGUAGAACCCUCUCAUGUGCGUCAUCAGAGAGGUGCCUUUGGAAGAAGCUUUCAGGAUCUGAAGAAAACAAUUUCAAAGAACAAAGCUCAACUUUGGGGUACUGCGCUUCGCGAUGCUGCUAGUUUGACCGGAUUUCAUCUCAAUAAUUCCAGGAAUGAAAGUGAAGAUAUCAAUAAAAUCAUUGAAACCAUCACUGAGUCGCUGGACAAUACAGUCUUGUUUGUUGCACAACAUCCAGUUGGAGUACAACCUCGUGCUCAACAUGUGAUUAAACUGUUAAACUACCAAAAAUCAAAAGAUGUUAUGCUGUUGGGGAUCUUGGGAAUCGGAGGGAUUGGGAAAACAACCAUUGCCAAAGCCAUUUACAAUCAGAUUCACCGCCAUUUUGAGUCUUAUUGCUUUCUUUCAAACAUCAGAGAAUUGUGGGAGCAGAGUACUACCAGUCAAGUGUAUUUACAAGAAAGGCUUCUUUCCGAUAUUUACAAAACAACAAAGAUCAAAAUACAUAACAUUGAAUCAGGCAUAUUCAUUUUGCAACAAAGGCUUCGUUAUAAACGAGCACUCCUCAUACUCGACGAUGUUGAUAAGAUAGAGCAACUAAAAGCCUUGUGUGGAAGCCGCGAAUGGUUCGGUCCUGGAAGUAGAAUAAUCAUCACAACAAGAGAUGAACAUUUACUCAAACUGCUUCAGGUUGAUCACAUAUCUAGAAUGCCGGAAAUGGAUCAAGAUGAAUCUAUUCAACAUUUCAGCUGGCAUGCUUUCAAACAACCAUGUCCUGGAGAAGAUUUUGAUCAACUUUCUAGAAAUGUGGUUGCAUAUUGUGGAGGACUACCUUUAGCUCUUGAGGUUAUUGGGUCAUUUUUGUUUGAUAAGAAAGUAAGAGAAUGGGGAAGUGUGGUGGAUAAGCUGAAAAGAAUUCCCAAUGAUCAAGUACAGAGAAAGUUGAGAAUAAGCUUUGAUAGUUUGAAUGAUGAUACAGAGAAAGAAAUAUUUCUUGACAUUGCGUUUUUCUUUAUUGGGAUGGACCGAAAUGAUGUAAUACAUAUUUUAGAUGAAUAUGAUGCUGCGAUUGGAAUCAGUGUUCUUGUAGAUCGAAGCCUUGUCACCAUUGACAAUAAUAACAAGCUUGGAAUGCAUGAUUUGCUACGAGAUAUGGGGAGAGAAAUUGUUCGCGAGAAAUCACCAAAGGAGCCAGAGGAACGUAGCAGAUUAUGGUUGCAAAAAGAUGUGUACCAUGUAUUGUCAAAUCAUAUGGGGACAAAAGCUAUCGAGGGAUUGACUUUAAAGUUGACCAAUUCGGUUAGUUUGGAGGCAAAAAUGUUUAAGAUGAUGAAGAGACUUAGAUUACUUCAACUUGCUGGUGUGCAACUAGAUGGAAAUUUUGAAGAUCUUCCGAAACAUCUAAGAUGGCUUCAAUGGCAUGAAUGCAAUUUGAAGUACAUACCUUCCAACUCUGAUCAAGCAAGUUUAGUUGCCAUUGAAUUAGAAUUCAGCAAUCUCAAAUUUGUGUGGAAAGAGGCCAAGGGCUUGAUGACUACAACCAAUGAGUUCAGUGACAAGUAUUGGUUAACAUUCGGUUCCAAAGGUUCUUCUGUGGUAUUCGAAGUCCCUCAAAUGAAUGGGUGCAACUUGAAGGCAGUGACAUUGCGUAUUCUUUAUUCUUCUUCCUCAGAAACCAUCUUAUCAGAAUGCCUUAAAAACGUGUUAAUCAUAAAUUACACAAAGUCCACCAUUCAAGUCUAUAAACAAGACACACUAGCCUCUCUUGAAGAUGAGGAGGGAAAAACCAUAACUUCACAUAUAGAACCCGGUAACAAAGUGGAGAUUCUUCUUGUUGGUUACAAAUUCAUUGUGAAGAGAACAACAGUUUAUCUGAUAUAUGAUGAACCGGUUGACCACUAUGCGGAGCACUAUCAAGCGGAUGUUAUUGUUUCAAGUGAUAAUUACAUUAUUUCUAGUGAUAAUAAUGAUAUGGAAAUUGAUGAAUGUUCUAGUGUUUCUGGUGGUAGUCAUGAUAGGUCAAAGAAGAAAUAUUCAUGUUUCUAUUGGUGUUGGAGAUAA